UUGAGAGGCGACGUAGCGCGCUGCAUACCAACACACACACACACACACGCACACACACGCACACACGCACACACACACUCCCACGGAGGAAGCAGCACCCACUAAAACACGUCCAUGUCAAGUUUUGACGCUUUUUUCUUUUUUUUUUCCCUCCCCAAGAACCUCCACCGGAGUGAGCACCAAACCGGGACCGCGGACUUGUUGUUUUUAUCUUCGCUGACGUUUUGCCAGCGACACAAACAACGCGUGGACUCCCCCUGCGUGGGAACAGGCGACAAGUGGACCGGGCUGAGGUUCGGCUGCGUUCACGUGUAAGAAAGAAGAUCCAUUUUGGGAAUAAUUACAAGAAGAAGAACUCCAUCCUCCUUCACCAUGGGCUGUCCCCUCUUGUGGAACACCUUGGCCGGCUUGGUCCUGGUCCUGGCGUGCAAAGGCUCCGGCGUCCGCGGAACGGCAGAAUUUGGGCAGCUGCCGGACAACAUCACUGUUUUAGAAGGAGAGAACGUCACUCUGAGGUGUCACAUCGACGAGGAGGUGACCCACAAGGCGUGGCUGAACCGCUCCAACAUCCUGUUCACGGGCAAGGACAAGUGGUCGCUGGACAAGCGCGUGACGCUGGUGAACAACAACAGCAGCGACUUCUCCAUCCACAUCCACAAGGUGCAGGUGAGCGACGAGGGGCCCUACACCUGCACCUUCCAAGCCAGCAACAAGCUCCGCAUCGCCCACGUCUACCUCAUUGUGCAAGUGCCGGCCAGGAUCAUCAACAUCUCCACGGACGUGUCGGUAAACGAAGGCGAGAACGUCAACCUCUUCUGCCUGGCGGUGGGUCGGCCCGAGCCCACCGUCACCUGGAAAGACCAGAAAUACGGUCUGGUGAGCGAAGGCGAGUUCCUGGACAUCACCGACAUCAAGAGGCAGCAGGCUGAGGACUACGAGUGCAUCACCCACAACGGCGUCGCUCCGCCCGACCAGCACAAGGUCAAGGUCACGGUCAACUACCCCCCCAUGAUCACAGACGUGAAGGACAUGCCGGCCCAUUUCGGAAAGAUGGCCAUCUUGCGCUGCGAGGCCAUGGCGGUCCCGCCGGCCUCCUUCGAGUGGUACCGGGAUGACCACAGGCCCGUGGAGCGCGACAGCAACCUGAAGAUCAAGAACGAGAAGACGCGCUCGCUGCUGGUGUUCAGCAACGUGACGGAGAAGCACUUUGGCAACUACACCUGCUUCGCCACCAACCGCCUGGGGGCCUCCAACGCCAGCAUGUUGCUCUACCGACCGGGGGCCAUUCAGGGUCUAGGAGUCGGUCUACAAGCAGGACUCGGCGUCUGGAUCUUCCUCUCCUGCGCUCUGCUGCUGGGGGUGUGAGGACCACCCCCACCAUGGAGGUGUGAGGACCACCCCCACCAUGGAGGUCCUCUAGCGCCCCCCCCUGCCAUGG